AUGUGUCCCCCCAAAGCCCAGAUCCCCUUCCAGACCCUGCUGCAGGUACACGGACCCUGGACCUCCCUGCCCAGGCAACCCCAAGCCAUCAGUGUGUGCACCCUGGACCCAGGCUGCUGGGGGGUUCCACUGGCCAUCACCGUGGCAGCUGUCAUCCUAAAGAAGAUCGGCUAUGACGCCUCGGACGUGUCCGUGGGCUGGUGCUGGAUCGACCUGGAGGCGAAGGACCGUGUCCUGUGGAUGCUGCUGACCGGGAAGCUGUGGGAGCUGCUGGCCUACGUCAUGCUGCCCGUGCUCUACCUCCUCAGCCGUGUGGCCACUGCGCCCGCUGCGGGCUUGCCCCUGAGUUCUGGCAUUGGGGGCUCCAGCGUGCAGGGGGAAGGUGCUCCACACUUCACUGCUCCCUCUCCUGCGAGUCUGAGACCUGGGAGGACGGCAGCCCCUGGGCAGCUGCGGGCAUCCGUCCUGCUCACGCCGCUCUGGGUGUUCCCUGCACAGCACCAGGCGCUCUCCGAGUACCGGCCCAUCCUGUCCGAGGCGCACCGGCUGCAGCACCACAGCUCCAUGGCGGAUAAGAAGCUGGUCCUCAUCCCGGUCAUCUUCAUUUGCCUCCGGGUCUGGAGCACCGUGCGAUUCGUGCUGACCCUCUGUGGCUCCCCGGCCGUGCGGGCCCCGGUGCUGGUCGUUCUGCACGUAGGUAGCUUUGCCCACCCUUCUUCUUCCCCCCCGGCCCCCCUGCCCUGCUGCUCCCAGCGGCAGUGUCAGAUCACCCCCCUCCACACACACAGAGUGAGCACGUCCCAAUGCAUCCGCCAAUGCAGGGCUGCCAGGGGGCUCGGCUCCAGUCCCUUCCUGCCGCCCGCCCGAGACAGGGAGCCUGGGUGAGAGAAGGUGGAAGGUCAGCGUGGCUCUAGUGCAGCCCCCGCGCGUGCGUCCAG